CCAAUAAUGAAUUUUGUUGUUCUUGUGGUGGGGAAAUCUUUGUUGGCUUUAAAUUGAGUUUUUUGUUGUUAGGCCGUAGAUUGUUUGUUAUAGGGAAGGAAAAUCAAGAAUUUGGUACAAAUGUUUAUUUGUUUAUGUCUAUAAUUAUACUUGAGGAAGUCAGCCGCAAUUUGAAAAAAAAAGAGAGUAAAAUAUGGGAGGAGAGAGACAGGGGAAAGGAUAGAACGUUUUUUUUUCUUCUUUUUUGUGCGGAUGACCGUCAUUUUGGAUGGUUAAUGCCGUUUUCCGUAAUGAGAGCUCAGAGUGAGUGUUGGAGUGAGAAGUAGUGCGAGCACCAGGGAGGAAGAACCCUAGUCUAUGAGAGCAUUGUUGCAUUAGAUUAGUUGAAAAACGAGCUGCAGCGCAAUGGAGGGAUGGGGAUGGAAGAAGGAAGAGUUCUAACUUGUAGGAGCACUAUUGUACAAACAACUCAAGAACGAAAACUUAUAAAAAACACUUUAACCUAAUUGGCAAUAAGAAGAAGAGUAGCUCAACUAUCUUAUAAGGAGUGUGAAGAAGCCCCUUGAAUUUUCCACGUGGGAUCCUCAGCAUCUCCUUCCUUUCUCAAUCUGAUAAAAAGUCACUCCCCUUUUCUCUUCAUAUUGAUACUGACGUAUUCCCAUUCUGCUUCUCAAGUCAAAUGAGAAAGCCUUUUUUUUGAGUUGCAGCUUCUUUGACGAUAAUUUGUUGGGUUCUAAGGUCCAGAAAUGGCUCCUAGACUGCGAAGGAAAAAGAGGCCUAACUUACGAAUUGAUGCUGCGCUCGAUGCUAUGAAGCAGUUUGGAUUUCCUCCAAAGUUGGUGCGUGACACGGUCAAGGAGCUCCUCGAUGUAUAUGGAGGAGACGACGGGUGGGUAUUCAUUGAAGAAGGCUCUUAUGCUCUCUUGAUCGAUAGCCUUCUCGAGAAGCAGAAUGAGGGUGCAAUCGAAGUGGUUCAUGAUAAUGAAAGAGUAGAUCAUCAGUACACCUCAGUAGCUGGCUGUUCAUUGAGUGCUACCGAUGUAACUCCCUCAAAUGAAGCUAUAAUGACCACAGCCGCAUUGCCUGCAAAUGAUUUAGAUACAUUAUUUCCAGGAGAUGAAAGUUAUUGGAACAAUAAAGGUUCUGUUGACGAUGAUCAUUUUAGGAGUACUUUUAAUCAGUCUUUACCUGCAUAUACCCCCAAAAUACGAAGGCGAAAAGCUUAUCAUGGCUGGGUCGGUAAGGACGACAAGGAGGAGGAUCUCGUGUACUUAACCCCAGAUCAUUUGCCUGAAGAGCUUGCCAAGUUACUCAUAGCUGGUGCACUGAAAAAAAGAAAGAAGCGUUGGGAUGUGGAACCUGCAGAAGCAUGAGUCUCUUUUUUAUUUGGGUGGUUGGAUGUUGAUUACUGGAGGGGAGUAGAUAGGUGAAAGUGUAAAUGGUAGUUUCACCCUCUUUUGUCUGUUAGGGUAACGUUUGAAGUAGCUUCCAAGCCUUUUUUGUUGAAUUGCCCACAAAAGAAGUGUUUUGUUAUUGGUGGUGAUGGAUUAUUAUGAGCAUGAUGUUAAAUGUAGCUCACUCUUAUCUCAAUUUGAAAAGUGUCAACAAUUUCCAUCCA